AUGGCGCCCACACAGGACACCAUGUACCGCUCGGCGGACAUGUCGUUGACCCAGCUCUACAUAGCUAACGAGAUUGGCCGCGAGGUCGUCUCUGCGCUUGGAGAGCUCGGUGUCAUGGAUUUCAGAGAUCUCAACUCGGACACGACUGCCUUCCAACGCACCUUUACUCAGGAGAUUCGUCGCCUCGAUAAUGUCGAACGACAGCUCAGAUACUUUCACGCCCAAAUGGAGAAGUCGAGCAUUACGAUGCGAUCCAUCUAUGACUUCAAUAAUCCCUUCACUGCGCCCUCCGCCUCCGAGAUAGAUGAGCUCGCGGAUAAGAGCCAGAGCUUGGAACAGAGGAUUUCUUCAUUAAACGAGAGCUAUGAGACGUUGAAGAAGCGCGAGGUGGAGCUUACAGAGUGGCGUUGGGUACUAAGGGAGGCUGGUGGAUUCUUCGACAGGGCCCGCGGACAGACUGAUGAGAUCAGACAGUCCCUCGAUGAUGACGAUGCGCCUCUCCUCAGCGACAUUGAGCAGAAUGGAUCAGGUGACGCAGGCGCUGAGCGCUCCUUCACCGUCAUGAACAUUGGCUUCGUUGCCGGUGUCAUUCCCCGUGAGCGCAUGGGGGCCUUCGAAAGGAUCUUGUGGCGUACCCUCCGUGGCAACUUGUACAUGAAUCAGUCAGAGAUUCCGGAGCCCAUCAUCAACCCCGAGAGCAACGAGGAGACCAGCAAGAACGUAUUCAUCAUCUUUGCCCAUGGCAAGGAGAUCAUUGCCAAGAUCCGCAAGAUCUCCGAAUCAAUGGGUGCCGACCUGUACAGUGUGGAUGAGAACAGCGAGCUUCGCCGCGAUCAAAUUCGGGAGGUCAACACUCGGUUGAGCGAUCUUGCCAGCGUGUUGAAGAACACCAAGUCCACUCUCGAUGCUGAAUUGACAGCCAUUAGUCGCAACCUGGCGGCAUGGAUGGUUAUCAUCAAGAAAGAAAAGGCGACAUAUGAGACGUUGAACAAAUUCUCGUACGAUCACCAGCGCAAAACGCUCAUAGCUGAAGCAUGGGCACCGACCAACUCGCUCGGCCUGAUCAAGUCGACCCUGUCGGACGUCAACGAACGCGCUGGCUUGUCUGUACCUACCAUUGUGAAUCAGAUCAAGACGACCAAGACCCCGCCAACAUACUUCAAGUCCAAUAAAUUCACCGUUGGUUUCCAAACCAUUAUCGAUGCCUACGGCACAAUCAAGUACCGCGAAGUUAACCCCGCUCUACCUGCCGUCGUUACCUUUCCUUUCAUGUUCGCCGUCAUGUUUGGUGAUGCCGGACAUGGUGUCAUUCUCCUCCUGGCCGCUUGCGCCAUGAUCUACUUUGAGAAACGCCUUGAGCGCAGCAAACUGGACGAGCUUUUCUCGAUGAUGUUCUACGGUCGUUAUAUUGUCUUCAUGAUGGGUAUCUUCUCCAUCUACACCGGUCUUCUCUAUUGCGAUGCAUUCUCCCUCGGCCUCCCCUGGUUCAAGUCUAUGUGGGUCUGGGACAACGACGGCAAGGGCCCCACCGCAACACGUGUGGAGGGCUACACCUACCCCUUUGGCUUGGAUUACAGAUGGCACGACACCGAGAAUGAUCUCUUGUUCUCCAACAGUUACAAGAUGAAGCUCAGUAUUCUUCUUGGUUGGACUCACAUGACCUUCUCGCUCAUGUGGUCCCUCGUCAACGCACGGUACUUCAAGAGCAAGGUUGACAUCUGGGGUAACUUCAUACCCGGCAUGAUUUUCUUCCAGUCCAUCUUCGGAUACCUUGUGUUCACUAUCGUUUACAAGUGGUGCAUCGACUGGCCCGCACGUGGCGAGAACCCACCUUCACUGCUCAACAUGCUGAUCUACAUGUUCUUGCAACCCGGUACCCUCGAAUCUGGAGUCAAGCCCCUUUACCCUGGUCAAGCUACCGUUCAGGUCAUCUUGUUACUCAUGGCACUUGCCUGUGUUCCCGUGCUCCUGUUCUUGAAGCCCUUCUGGCUCCGAUACGAGCACAACAAGGCCCGCGCAAUGGGCUAUCGCGGUAUCGGCGAGCAUUCUCGCGUCAGCGCGCUGGACGAUGAUGACGAUGACGCUCGUCCACUCAACGGUGGCCGCGAGAGUUUCGGCGAUGAUGCUGAUGGCAUUGCAAUGAUUACACAGGACAUUGGUGCCGGUGAAGACCACGAGGAGUUUGAAUUCAGUGAAGUCAUGAUUCACCAGGUUAUCCAUACCAUUGAAUUCUGCCUCAACUGUGUGUCCCAUACCGCCUCGUACCUUCGUCUUUGGGCCCUCUCCCUCGCCCAUCAGCGUCUCUCCAUUGUGCUCUGGGAAAUGACCAUGAAGAACGCGUUUGCGCAAAGGGGCAUCACAGGCGCCAUCAUGAUGGUCGUGGUCUUUUACUUUUGGUUCGCGCUCACUGUGGCCGUGUUGUGUGUUAUGGAGGGCACGAGUGCCAUGUUGCAUUCACUUCGUUUGCACUGGGUCGAAGCCAUGAGCAAGCAUUUUAUUGGAGAUGGUGUGCCGUUUGAGCCGUUUAGUUUCAAGGUUUUGCUUGAGGAGGAUCCUGUAGAGUAG